CUCAUUUGGAUCAUUGUACCUAUCAUUUUGACAGCUGGUUUUUAUAUUUGCUGGGGAUGCCUUGUAUGGGUGCCUUCUAUAUAUACUUCUCCUGGCAUGUACCUGGUCAAUCAUCCCGUACACCUUGGAACUCAGUUGGCACUCUACAUCCUAGUAGCAGGCAUUCUUUGCAUAUACAUCAACUACGACUGUGAUAGACAAAGGCAAGAGUUUCGCAGAACAAAUGGCAAAGCUUUGGUUUGGGGUAAAGCUCCAUCAAAGAUAACUGCCACUUACACUACCACAACUGGGGAAACAAAAAGCAGCAUUCUUUUAACUUCGGGAUGGUACGUUUUCAGGCUCUGCCAUGUAAAUCUGAACUAACUGGAUUUUUUUUUCUUCUUGGUUAUGAAUGCGGGGGGUUCAUAACCAAGAAGAAAUAUUAGCUGAUCCAAGUAAGUAAUUUUAGCUGAUCCAUGUAAAUAUAACUGCCACUUGUGCAAUAUUAGCUUUCAUUCAUAACCACUAUGUCCCAGAAAUAUUAGCUGCAUUUUUCUGGACUGUUCCAGCUCUUUUUAACCACGUAACUUACCUUACGAGUGCUACUAGUUUAUUUGCUUGUAUGGGAGAGACAAACUCUGAUCAUGUUAGUGGUUUCUGGUCCAACAGGUGUAGACAAUUUACAAACCGAUGCCAGUGUAGAGAAAAAUAAAUAAGUAGACGAAAUGAAUAAUGGUUUGCGCGUUUUCAUACAG